AUGGCAGAGGUUGAUGGACAGCGGGUGCUGACGUGCAUCACGUGCAACGUUUGGUUCCAGACAGCAGAUGCGCAGCGCCAGCACUACAAGACAGACUGGCACCGGUACAACCUGAAACGCAAGGUGGCGGGCCUGCCACCCAUCAGCGCGCAGGCGUUUACCCGGCGCGUCCACGCACAGCGUGCACAGACAGAGGCGGCAGCCACAGAGGCCAUGCAAACCUUCGAGUGCCAGACGUGCAAGAAGACAUUCUCGUCUCGCAACGCGCACCAGAACCACAUCAACUCCAAAAAGCACAAGGAGGCCGAGAAAAGGGAAGCGGCCCGCCAGCAGCGCCAGCAAGAACAUGCACAGCAGCCACAGCACCAACAGCAAGAGCAGGCACAUGUCAACAAUGGCGGCAAAGCUGGCAAUGGAAGCAAAGGAAAGACAACAACAACAACGACAACACAGCAGCAGCAGCAGCAGCAGCAGCUUAGCUCAACUGCACAGUCCACCGCCAUGGAGACAGCCAAAGACGAGGAAGAGGAGGAAGAGGAGGAAGAGGAGGAGCCCGUGCUUGAGCUGGUGGACAGCUUGUUCGACACGUACCGGGCAGACAGCUUUGAGGAGAAUGUGGAGUACAUGGGGCAGAAGCAUGGGUUCUUCAUCCCGCAUCUGGAGUUUGUGGAUGACCUGCAGGGCCUGGUGCGGUAUCUGCAGCUGAAGGUGGGCAACUACUUCACGUGCAUCUGGUGCAACAAGGCGUGCGCGGGCCUGGAGGCGGUGCGGCAGCACAUGGACGACAAGGGCCACAAGCAGGUUGACUACAGCGACGAGGGCCAGCUUGAGCUUGGCGACUUCUACGACUUCAGCUCGACCUACCCGGACAACGCGGCGCUGAGCGAUGCGGACCGCGACGCCAGCCUGGACGUGGUGCCCGUGCAGGACCCGAGCGGCGGGCUGCGGCUGACGAGCGGGCUGGCGCUUGCGCUUCCAUCUGGGGUGAGCGUUGCGCACCGGACCAUGCAGCGCUAUCACAGGCAGCGGUUCCGGCGCGAGGACACGCGCGAUUCCGUCGUCAUCGGCCGCCUCGCUGCACAGUACAAGGCGCUCGGGUACAGGAAUCCGCAGCUGCCCAAGGGCGAGGCGAAGCGGGACCAGGCGUGGGCGGCUCGACAGGAGCAGCGGCACCGCCUGCAGGUUGGUGUUCGCCAGAACAACCUCCACUUCAACUACGGCAAGUUCCUGCUGUAG